AUGUCCACCAUAGCAAAGCAGCCCCAAAGGGGCAAUACAACUGGUGGGACUGUGGAAACAAGUGACAGCAGCCCUGAGCCCUUGGGUGAUCUCUCUCUUCACCAGUGGGAGAGCCCACAACCCCAUCACAGUCCCAGGGAGUGGCACAGGCUCAGACUCAUUGGAGAGACCACAAUCAACAAGCACAACAUCUGGUACAACCUAGUACCGGAUGGCAGCAGAGCUGUUAGAGAUAAAGAACUCCAAAGACCAGAAAUAGCUACAGAUAACUUUAGCAGCCCAGAUUUAGUUAAUGGAUGGAGCAAUACGUCAGUCGUUACUGACUUCAUUUUAUUGGGUCUCUCUAGCUCUCGAGAACUCCAACUCUCCCUUUUCUUUAUCUUCUCUGUGUUUUAUGGAGCUGCAAUGUUGGGAAACAUCUUUAUCAUCCUCGUAGUAAUUACAGACUCUCGUUUGCAUUCUCCAAUGUACUUUCUUCUUAGCAAUCUCUCCUUCAUUGACAUGUGUCAGGCUACAUUUGCCACUCCCAAGAUGAUUGCAGACUUCCUCAGUGAACACAAGACCAUCACCUUUCAGGGAUGCAUGUCACAAGUAUUUUGCUUGCAUGUUUUUGGGGGUAGUGAGAUGGUACUUCUUGUUGCCAUGGCCUAUGAUAGAUACAUUGCUAUAUGCAAACCUCUGCACUACAUGACCAUCAUGAGCUGAAGAGUGUGCACUGUUCUGGUGGUGGCCUCCUGGACCAUUGGCAUCCUGCACUCAGCCAGUUACCUGGCAUUCACAGUCAAUCUUCCUUUCUGUGGACCCAACAAGGUAGACAACUUUUUCUAUGACCUUCCUCUUGUGCUCAAACUUGCCUGUUUAGACACAUAUGUUUUAGAGAUCCUGGUGCUCGUCAACAGUGGUCUGCUCUCACUCAUCUGUUUCCUCUUUUUGCUUAUUUCUUAUACCAUCAUCCUUGUUACUGUCCAUCACCAAGCUUCUGGUGGGAUGUCCAAGGCACUUUCCACCCUGUCUGCCCAUAUCACUGUUGUGGUUCUCUUCUUUGGUCCAUUAAUCUUCAUCUAUAUUUGGCCCUUUGAAAGCUUCCCAAUUGAUAAAUUUAUCUCUGUGUGUUUUACUGUCUUCACUCCUUUCCUCAAUCCCAUGAUUUACACACUGAGGAAUAAAGAUGUAAAGGAAGCCAUGAAGAAACUAAGGAAUCGACAUGUGGGUUCCAAGCAAGUCUUUUAG